AUGAAUGAUAAUUCGAUGAUAGAUGAGUACUAUAAAAUUACGCAUGAUUAUGAUAAAUUCAAACCUAAUGUGGAUGAAGACAACCCACUUACUGACUCUUUCAUAAAUGAAUAUUUGGCGACGGGUAAUUUAGAGCCUAGAGAUAAUCUGAUACAGCUAGGAGGAUCAGGGAGAGACAGUCCCUUUGACUACUAAAAUCCAACAACAAAUUAAACAUAAAAUAAAAGCAGAAACAAUAACAAAUUAAAGGGAAGCAAGAAAUAAAUUAAUGCCUUCAUGUUUAACUCUAGCGAUGCAGUCACCCCUAGCACCACUCAGAUUAAUAGCAGAAUGGGUGGAAGUGGAUCAGUUUCCCCAGCUGUAACAAGUUAUUCAAACGGUGCAUCAAAACAAAGCUUGUUCCAUAUUGAAAAUUCUCAACUUUUGAUUUGCAAAAAUAACAUCAAUAAUAAUGAUGAAAAUGAUACUUAAUAAAUCUAUCUUAACAAAUACAUUCCAGCAAUGUAAAAUCCUGAUGAGAAAUCUAAGAAAAGCUCCGAGACACUAGAAAAAAUUUAGGCAUAGAUCCGCUUAAAAACAUAAAAUAGUCAGAUCACUGUAGAGAAUCAUUUGAAAUUUGAGACUUAAAAAUAAAAAUUAGUUCCUAAGCUUCCAUUGCAAAAUAUUUUAGCCUUAUAAAUUGAUAAUGAAUCUAAAUCACAAGCGAAAGGCUUCACUUUCCUAGGAAAAUUCGUCAAGACACAUAAAUUUAAAGAUAAGGGUACAAAAUUAUAAAGAGUUCAAAAUGACUCAGAUAUCAGAAAAAUGAUCUUAUAAGAAUUUAAUCAAAGGAGACAUACGUAAAAUCAAUUUUAGCCAAGCCCACCUUCUCACUCUUAGUAAUUUCAUGUGUAUAAGGAUAUUUUUAAAUAAGCCAUUCUUAAAAUUGCCCUCAAGGCCUAUCACUAAUUUUAAAAUUAGCAGAUGUGGUACUUUAACUCUCGUUCAAAUAGUAAAGAACUAGAAUAAAAUGUAAAUAUAUCAACACUAAACGAUGACAUUAUAAUAAAUAAUAAUAAUAAAAAGGUUAAGGUACUGAAUUACUUAACUUAGCUGCCUCCAACCUCCACUCAGCACAAAUCAAGCAAGAAGUUUGAGUUCAAAAUAGUUAAGUCACGCCAAUAUCAAUAGUCAAAUUAGUUGAUGGGGCAUAACUAGACUAUUUAAUAGGACGAUCAUCGAUAAUAAGUCACUCAAGGGACAAUGACUGCGAGUAAUACAAUAACAGUACCGCGAGGGAAAAGAUUUGAGGAUUUUUUGCCUCCACAGAAAAGAAAUCAUUAGGGAUCGAAGAGUAAACUUAGGAAAAUCAUUUCAAAUGUCAAAGUUUGA